GCUCCUGUCAGCUUGUCGUCGAAGCCUUCCUAACUUCACACGUUUCAGAAUGGUUCGCCCCACCUGCCUGCUGGUCUGCUGCCUCCUCGGAGCGCUGAUGCUGGUCGUACCUGCGGCUUCCUAUCCCAGGUUUGUCAACGACUACCGCCAGGACGUCGCCGAGGAUCCCGAAGAGAUCAGGGAGAUGCUGAGCCGCCUGGAAAGCCUCAUCCAACUGCAGCGUCAAAUGGACUACUACAAAGAUGGCAUCACUAGCGAGAAGCGUGCUCUCGACCUUGGCCUGACCCGUGGCUACUCCGGCGCUCUCCAGGCCAAGCACCUUAUGGGCCUUGCUGCUGCCAACUUCGCCGGAGGACCCGGCAGGAGGCGCCGUGAUGCUCACUAAACUGAACGCAUACGCUAAUCACUUCCGUCUUAACUGUUUAGCUGUAAAAUAUUCUAGGAGGCUUAUCUAGUCACUUGUUUUGAAUUACUAGUACUUAAAAAAUGGCCUAUUAUUUAAAAUUCAAUAUUUA